AGUGACACAUAGUUUUCUAUGGACCCAGCUAUGCCACAAAGCAUUUUACCUUGAAGUUCUGAAUGGAAGCAGAUCACCAAGAACAGAUGAAAUGAAGGUUGAUUGUGGGACCCAGGCUCUUCUCUAAGCUGUCCCCAAAGGAGAGAGGAACGAGAGAGAGAUAUUUUGCAUUCCUAAUAUAGCACAAGCUGUCUGGCCUGCAGAUAAGCAUGAGAAGUGUCCUGGCAGUUCUCCUUUCAGAUUUCGUUUUAUUCACUGUUUUGCCACAAGUCUCUUACAACGACCCGAGCUUCUCGUCAACAGCUUAGUCCGAAGCAGCAAGCACGACUCGCUGAUCAUGCUGUGGAAUGUGGAAGUAAAUACAAACCCCUGGUGCAUGGGAGAAUGAUAGACUGCAUUAGUCACAUCAUGCUCUACACAAUGUCACUGUGCUGGCAACAGUUCCUGGGUCUGAGUUUGAUGGUUCUCAUUACGCGAUCGACCGUGGGUUGCCCAGCUCGAUGUGAGUGUGCCGCCCAGAUCAAGUCAGUGGUCUGCUACAGAAAGCGUCUGACCGAAAUCCCGGAAGGCAUUCCCACCGAAACCAAGAUCCUCGACCUGAGCAAAAAUAAACUCCGAUCCAUUAGCCGGGAUUUGGCAGCCUAUCCCCUUUUGGAAGAGAUUGAUCUCAGCGAAAACGUGAUCACAAACAUCGAACCGGGGGCUUUCAACAAUUUGUUCAACUUGCGUUCCUUGCGGCUGCAUAGCAACCAGCUGAAACUCAUCCCGGCUGGCGUGUUCACCAGGCUCACCAACUUAACACGCCUGGAUCUGAGUGAGAACAAAAUCGUGAUUCUGUUGGACUAUAUGUUCCAGGAUUUGAGGAAUCUUAAGCACCUGGAAGUCGGCGACAAUGACCUGGUCUAUAUCUCACAGCGGGCGUUCAGUGGCUUGCUGGGUCUCGAACGGCUCACCAUUGAGAAGUGCAACCUGACGUCCAUUUCCGCAGAAGCCCUGUCCUACCUGCAAAAUCUGGUCACCCUCAGGCUGCGCUAUCUCAGUAUUAGCUUCCUGGAGGAGCAGAACUUCCGCAAGCUGUACAACCUGAAGGAACUGGAGAUUGCGUACUGGCCACUACUGGAGACCAUCAGCGCAACGACACUGUACGGACUAAACCUCACGUUGCUUUCCAUAACCAGCACCAACCUUUCCUCGGUACCUGCUGGAGCCUUCAGGAACAUGGUCUAUCUCCGAUUCCUUAACUUGUCCUACAACCCCAUCACGUCAAUUGACACUGGCUCGUUCCGUGACUUAAUCCGACUCCAAGAGUUACACAUGGUCAGCACUCUGCUGGCCACGAUAGAACCGCAAGCCUUUCUGGGACUGAGGCAACUGAAAGUGUUGAACGUUUCCAACAACUACUUGGUCACCCUGGAGGAAGGCUCUUUCCAGUUUGCGAGCAGCUUAGAGGUGCUCCGCUUGGACAACAACCCCCUCUCCUGCGACUGCCGCCUGCUCUGGCUGUUGCGGAGGAGGAACGAGCUGAGCUUCGACGGCCGGCAGCCGGUCUGCGCCACCCCGCCAGACAUUCAGGGCACCGAGCUCAAAGCGUUCGCUGAGUCUGCCCUGCACGAGUACUUCAUCUGCCAAAAGCCCAAGAUAAGGGACAGGAAAUUGCAGCACAUCACGGCCAGCGAAGGACAAACCAUCUAUUUUGUUUGCCCGGCUGACGGUGUGCCGGUUCCCGUUGUCAUGUGGAUCUCUCCUCAGCGCAGGAUGAUCACAAGCAAAAGCAUCGGUCGGAUGUCCGUGCUUAACGGGGGCACCCUGGAGAUCCGCUUCGUGCAGAUUCAAGACAGCGGGAACUACAUCUGCAUUGCAAGCAAUGCCGGAGGCAACGACACCUAUUUUGCCAUCCUGACUGUGAAGAGUUACCCCGCAGAUGGGGCCCUGUACACCAACAGAACUUUGUACUUUGCGGAAUUCAAUGAGACGUCCUUCAACGACACUCAGGUCUUCCUGAAAUUCACACUCGACCUUAAAACCAUCCUGGUGUCCACCGCGAUGGGUUGCAUCACCUUCCUGGGUGUGGUCCUCUUUUGUUUCCUGCUCCUCUUUGUGUGGAGCAGAGGCAGAGGACACCACAAGAAUAACCUGUCCAUUGAAUACUCCUUCCGCAAGGUCGAUGGGGCAGCCGUCAGUGGCGGGCAAGGAGGGUCAAGGAAGUUCAACAUGAAAAUGAUUUGA